AUGCUGCGUUGGUAUGUUCACCAGUUUGGUCAGAAGCUGGUCCGCAGGCGGCCACUGGAGCCGCUGAAGGAGCCUGAGAGCUGCGGAGCUCCUCUGAACUCCCUCGACCUGGUGAUCUUGGGUGUGGGCAAGAUAAUGAGAGCUGCCAUCUACAUCCUAAUUGGUAAAAUGGUCAAGUACGUAACUGGACCAGCAAUCGUCAUCUGCUUCUUGGUGGCCGCCUUGUUUUCCCUGCUGUCAGGGUUCUGCUAUGCCGAGUUAUGGGCCCGGGUACCACGCUCUGGUUCUGUGUAUCUCUACAGCUAUGUCACCAUGGGUCAACUGUACGCCUUCCUCACUGGCUGGAACCUCAUCCUGUCCUUAGUCCUUGGCACCGCCAUUUUGGCCAGGGCCUGGAGCUACAUCUUCGACAGCCUCAUUGGGAACCACAUCUCUCAGGCAUUACAAGGAACUUUCUCCCUGUACGUGCCCCACUUCCUGGCCAAGUACCCAGACUUUCUGGCCUUAGCCCUGGUGCUGCUGUUCAUGGGACUACAGAUGCUGGGAGCUCGUGACUCAUCCCUGUUUAACAAAGUGUUCACAGGCAUCAACAUUUUGGUCCAAAGCUUCAUCAUCGUCUCUGGCUUCAUUAAGGGAGACCUGCACAACUGGCAGCUCACGGAACAGGACUACACCUUGAACACAUCUGAAUCCAGGGGCACCUCUAGGUUGGGCCCUCUGGGUUCUGGAGGGUUCGUGCCUUUUGGCUUUGACGGGGUUCUCCACGGAGUGGCUCUAUGUUUCUACGCAUUUGUUGGCUUUGACGCCAUUGUCUCUAGAGGUGAAGAAGCCCUAAAUCCUCAGCGGUCCAUCCCCUUGGGCAUCACAUUCUCCAUCUUCAUCUGCUUUUUGGCCUAUUUCGGUGUCUCAGCAUCCCUCACCCUCAUCCUGCCCUACUACCAGAUUCAGCCUAACAACCCCUUAUCACAGACAUUUCUGCAUGGUGGGUGGAUUUCUGCCAGGUAUGUCCUGAGUGUCGGCAUCAUUUGUGCUCUUACAUACAGACUCCACAGUGCAGUGUUCCCCAUGUCUCAGGUGAUCUACGCGAUGGCAGAGGACGGGCUCCUUUUCCGGGGACUUGCCCAAGUCCGUGCCCACACAGGCACCCCCAUCAUGGCCAUCAUGUCUUCUGGAAACCUCGCAGUCAUGGCUUUACUCUUUGAGCUCAGUGAUCUUGUGGACUUCUUGUCAGUUGUGACCCUGCUUGCUUACACUCCUGUGGCAUUUUCAGUCCUUGUCCUCAGGUACCAGCCGCACCUGAAGGAGAAAACGGAGGAGGAAAUUGAGAUGGAGCCUGAAGCUGAAGGAAAUCCUUUGGACUCUGUACCUGAAGCAGGAACCUCAAACAUCCUGAAGAGUCUGUGGUUCCCUACCAGCCCCACCCCCACACAGAAAUCUGGCCAGAUUGUCUGUAGAUGUGCCUUCCUGCUCGUUCUCCUGCUGACCAUCCUGAGCCUGAUCCUGGCCCAGUGGCCCAGCCAGGUGCUCUCUGGAGACCCCGUGCUCACAGCAGUGACUGUGCUGCUGCUGCUGCUCAUCACUGGGGUCACGAUCAUCAUCUGGAUGCAGCCCCAGGACCCCUCCCCUCUUUAUUUUAAAGUCCCUGCUCUGCCUGUCCUCCCACUGGUGAGCAUCUUCGUGAACAUUUACUCUAUGAUGAGGAUGACCACUGGGACCUGGGCCCUAUUUGGCAUCUGGAUGGUGAUUGGAUUUGUCAUAUAUUUUGGAUAUGGGAUCCAACACAGCUUGAAGGAGAACAACGAGCUACAGCCACCAGCCUCCACCUCCCAGACUUGA